AUGCUUUCCUACCAGCAGUCCAUUUUCCCCCCCUCAGCCUUCUAUUCAGCACAUCAGCAAGACACUGUGAGGCCCGUGGGUGGGCUGGACGGCUUUCACCGCCUUGUGAAGGCUCUUUCGGAUGUCCUUGGCCCAUCGUCUGGUAUUGAUUCUGCUGAUGUCGAUGAGAAUGUCCUUAUUUCCCUGAUGAAGGAUUACAUCUCAGAUGAAGCACAGUGGAAUCAAUACGCCUUUGCUGACCCUUCACGAAAUUACACGAGAAAUCUCGUCGAUGAAGGGAAUGGAAAGUCCAAUCUUCUCAUUGUCGUGUGGAAUCCUGGACGCUGCAGUCCCAUCCACGAUCAUGCAGAUGCUCAUUGUGUGAUGAAACUUCUCAAAGGCAGCCUCAAAGAAGUGCUUUAUGACACACCCCAAUCUACCCCCGACUCUACCGACUCAGGUGAUUCAACAACCCCCCCUCGGAUCAUCAAGGAGACGGUCUACAGUGAAAAUGAGGUCACAUACAUUUCUGAUAACAUUGGCCUACACAAAAUCUGCAACAUGUCUGAGACUGAACCUGCGAUCUCUCUCCAUCUCUACACUCCACCUCAUGCCGCCAACUUUGGGUUCAAUUUGUUUGACGAAAAGACUGGGAAAUCGACACAUAUCAAACAGGCUGGCUUUUACUCUGACCGUGGUACAUUAUUGGAAAAGUCCAAACUUGGCACCUUCUAG